AUGGAGAUAGCAAAGGCUUGGGAUAAAACAAUACAAGGGUCCCCCAGGUUCAAUCUAGUUAAAAAACUGCAGUUGACAAGAAUAGCUCUAUCAAAAUGGAAUAAGGUUCACUCUGGAGACAUUAAUCAGAAUGUGGAUAUCCUUCAAAAACAAUUAGCUGAUCUUCAAGCUCUUCCUUUUUCUCAAGAUAAUACAUCCAAAGCAACUGAGUUAAGUAAGGAGUUGGAUAAAUGGCAUCAAAUUCAGUAUGAGUUCAAUAAACAAAAAUCAAGAGACAAUUUUGUCAAGGAUAUGGAUUAUAACACAAAAUACUUCCAUACCUUAACAAAAAGGAAAAGAGCAAGAAAUAAUAUUGAUUCUCCGAGGGAUCAAGGAGGUAAUUGGAUUCACACUAGAGACGAAAUUGUUUCACUUCUUACAGCACAUUUUCAAAAUAUCAGUACUUCUGGAAAUCCAAAUAUUGAAGAACAUCAUUAUGCAAAUAUUCAUUCUGUCAUCACAGAAGAAGAUAACAGAUUGCUUCUUGUGGCACCUACUAAUGAAGAAAUACUUAAGACUUUGAAGAAUAUGGAGAGUUGGUCUGCACCUGGACCUGAAGGUUUCCAAGCAGGUUUUUACAAGUCUCAAUGGAACACAGUUGGUGAAGAUGUUUGUGAAAUGGUAAAGAAUUUUUUCUCUACAAAUUUCUUACCUAAGAAGAUCAAUAAGACUUAUAUCUCCCUUAUUCCUAAGAAGAACAAACCAUCAAAUCCUUCUGAAUUCAGACCUAUAAGUCUUUGUAAUACUUCAUACAAGAUCAUUUCAAAAAUUCUUGUCUCCAGAAUGAAACCUCUCAUGGAUAGAAUUAUUUCUCCUUAUCAAGCUGCAUAUGUCUCAGGCAGAUCGAUAAAUGAUAAUACUAUUGUUGCACAUGAACUAAUUCAUUCUAUGAAGAGGAAACAAGGUGAAGGAGGUUGGUUAGCACUCAAGCUUGACAUGUCAAAAGCUUUUGAUAGGCUUGAGUGGCCUUUUCUCAUCAAAUUAGCUUUUGAAAGAAGACUUGGAAACUGGCAAGGAAUCAAUCUUCAUCAAGUUGGUAGAACAACUAUGGUUAAACCAGUGCUUAAUGUUGUUCCUAUGUACCAAAUGAGUACUUUCAAGAUGCCUAAAAAGCUUCAAAAUAUGUGCUUAUCAAAAGAUUUGGGUGGUUUAGCAUUUAGAGAUCUUGAAAUGCUCAAUCAUGCAUUACUCACUAAACUGGCUUGGAGGGUCUGUCAAAAUUCAGAUCAUUUAUUAUCAAUGAUUCUUAAGGCUAAGUACUUCAAAAAAGAAGACUUCUUACACUUAUCAGAAGAAAAGUAUAAUACUUCUUGGACUUGGAAAGGAAUUGAAUUGGGACUGUCUAUACUUCAACAGAAUUACUGCAUGGAAGUUAAUAAUGGUAAAGGCACUAAAAUUUGGGUUGAUGUGUGGGUUAUUGGACUGAAUUCUAAAGUUGAGCCUCUUCGUCCUUCUCAUCUCAAUUAUGUUUAUGUUAGUGAGAUGAUUAUUGAAGAAUCCAAUUCAUGGAAUACUUCACUUCUUGACACUUUAUUCUCUCAAGAUAUUAUGGAUAAAAUCAAAAAGAUGAAACUAUUUGUUCAAGAAGAAGAUACAAUUAAAUGGACUCCUUCGAAAGAUGGCAACUUCAUUGUCAAGAGUGCAUGUAAUAAACUCAUGGAAGCCAUGGUUCAACAACAAACAGCUCUAAAUAUUGUGCCUACAACAGUAUGGAGAGAACCGUGGAAGAUGAAGCUUCCACACCGUAUUAAGCUCUUUAUCUGGAAAUGUCUAAAAGGCAUAGUUCCAACAAGGUUAAGACUGUCUCAAGCAAUGCAGGACAUUGAAACUCACUGUGAAAUAUGCAAACAUGAAGAAGAAUCUCUGUAUCAUCUUCUUAUUAGUUGUAACCAUGCUAAGGCAGUAUGGAGAUCUCUCAGCAUCAAUAUUGACCAAAUUAUUGCUAACAGUCAGUCAGUACAACAAUGA